AUCCCAAAUAAUGAGGUUGCUUAACGUGGUAUUUACCGCAUUCAAAUCAUCGCGUCCCGCGAGACCAUCAACUAGUUUAAUAGCAUCAUAAAAUAACCACAGACCUAUCAUACAUUAAUAAAGCAAUGCCCCAUAUGUACGGGGUCAUCAGACAACCAGGUUGCGAACAUUGAUGUUGAAGAUAAUUGACGAAAUACGGUAUCGAGGAAGACGAUUGACUUAAUUUUGCCCGAUGUUUCGAUGCCUCCAUCUUUUCAUUUGUCUGAAGUUAGUACAGGCCAGCCUUGUAUCUGUUAUGUCAAUUCAGCCCACCAUACUUGGAAACCUCAUAAGCCUCUCGAUUCUUUCGAGGAUAGUGUCCAUUCUAGUCAGCAGAAGUGGCGGAGUUGGCGAUCUGUGCUUACCUAACGUCUUGGCUUAUUUGGACAUUUUAGUAGGUACGGGAGCCCUGUUAAUAUAUCUCAACUACGACCGGUUAAAAAGCCUGAGCGUUGGAAGGGAUUUUCCUUCACUCUUUGGGCAGAAUAUUCGGCGGAUGCUUGUGUACAUAGAUUCGGUAGCAGAGGCUGGAACCUCUCCCGAUCUUUUGAACGCGGAGGUGAAAGAUCGGGUGGACAAUUCUGACACCUUCUGAAACAAAGGGGGACAGCAAGAGCUGAAUCUAUUUUCGAUUCGUCGACUCCAAUGCUUCUUCCCGAACCCGCAGGUUUGACAACCUAUCAACCUUAAAUAGAACGUCAGGUUGAUGUAGGAAUAGGAAUAUUUAAGGUAACUUUGCCGGAAUGCAAUCUGUUUUUC